GCCAAAGUUUACUGGUGUUUCAGAAAUAAACCUUAAUUAAUUGGAAAUUUACACGUAAAUGGGUGGAUAUUUACAGGUAGCACGUCAACAUUUUAUUAUUAUUAUUUUAUUUUAUUUUGAAGAAUGAAGUCAAGCAGACGCAGCAGUGAAAGCUUGAAAACUAAAAAAUUAUGAACAAAUUAUAUAUAUCGUUAAAAAGUGCUUAUAGUUGUAGUACACAGAACAGUAUAUACACGCACAGGAAACAAAGGGGAAAAGAAAAGGAAAAUUCCUUGAAUCUAUAGGUACAGAUUAAUGCUUUAAUUUGUCCUGGUUCUUACUUACACUUCUUCUGGUUCUCUUGGCUUGACUCUCUCGGCUUUUACCUAAAGCAUUCUCCAAGUUCAUAGUUGGAAUUGCUAACUGGGAGUUUCAUAAUGGGAGCUAUUUUCAGUUUAACUAGUACCAAGUGUAGAACAAACCAAUUUAAUGAGGUGUCUCUCAAUGGCGGCUGCAAGAGGCAAAAGACAACUUCGAGCUUUUGUGAUGACAGACCGAGACUGAUUCCAAGCCUUCCUGAUGAGUUGUCAAUCCAGAUUCUUGCAAAAAUUCCCAGAAGUUACUACUUCAAUCUGAGGCUGGUGUCACGAAAGUGGAAGGAAACUAUUAUGAGCAAUGAACUGUUUAAAUUAAGAAAAGAACUUGGAUUGACAGAAGAGUGGCUAUAUGUAUUGACAAAAGUUGAAGAUGAACUUUCAUGGCAUGCUUUGGAACCUUUGUCAAGAACAUGGCAGAGGUUGCCUCAGAUGCCCAAUGUUUAUGCAGAAGAAUCUAGGAACAGUUCCUCUGGGCUUUGGUUGUGGAACGUGGUGGGACAGCGCAUUAGAAUUGCUGAAACAAUAAGGACUUGGCUUGGGCAAAAGCAGGCAUUGAAUCAAAUGCCCUUUUGCGGUUGUGCAAUUGGUGCUGUUGAUGGAUGCCUCUAUGUGCUUGGUGGCUUUUUUAAAGCUUCAACCAUUAGUUGCGUCUGGCGAUAUGACCCAAUCCUAAAUAGAUGGAGUGAGGUCACUCCCAUGUCUACAGGGAGGGCUUAUUGCAAGACAAGCAUUUUGAACGACAAGCUAUAUGUUGUUGGAGGUGUUAGUCAGUUAGGAGGGGGACUGAUUCCUCUUCAGUCUGCUGAAGUUUUUGACCCUUGCACAGAUAAAUGGUCUGAAGUUCCAAGUAUGCCGUUCUCAAAAUCUCAUGCCUUUUGGCCAGACAUGCUGAAGCCUAUUGCCACUGGGAUGACUUCAUACAGGGGAAGAUUAUGUGUGCCUCAAAGUUUAUACUCGUGGCCCUUCUUUGUUGAUGCUGGGGGGGAAAUAUAUGAUCCUGAAACCAAUUCAUGGGCUGAAAUGCCAGCUGGCAUGGGAGAAGGUUGGCCUGCACGCCAGGCAGGUACAAAGUUGAGUGUUGUGGUAGAUGGUGAAUUAUAUUCAUUAGAUCCCUCUAGUUCUCAAGAUAGUGGUAAGAUUAAGGUGUAUGAUCAAAAAGAAGAUGCCUGGAAAGUUGUUAUAGGAAAAGUUCCUAUUUAUGAUUCUGGAGAUUCAGAUUCUCCUCAUCUUCUUGCUGGUUUUCAUGGAAAGAUUCAUGUUGUCACAAGAGAUGCCAAUCAUAGACUUGUAGUCAUGCAGGCUGGUCUUCGUGAUAAUUUGAAUUCCUUAGCACUGAGCUCAACUUCUCAUUUUGAUGGCUCCUUGCAUGAGCAUUCUGCCUCAUUGGCUGAAUCAGAAACAGUUGUCUGGAAGGUCGUUGCCAGUAAGAAUAUUGAAUCUGCCGAACUUGUCAGUUGCCAAGUUCUUGAUAUAUAGCAUUAUGUUGAUUGGCAUGCUUUAUUAUUUAUUCAGAGAAUUGCUAUCUUACAACUUAUAAGAGCGAUAACAUGGUGGUCAGACUCACUAUGUGAUGUUCAGAAAUGUCAUCAUAACUUUCAUAGUCUGUUUAGACCCCCUAAUAAGGCAGCCACCUAGAUUUACCUAAUUAGAGGUAGAAGAUCAAGAAUAUCAUCAGCAAGUUCAUCAAGUUUCCUUUAUUCUUUGUUUGGCCUUCUUGGCAUCAUUGGAUAGAGUUUCUCAUUGUAAAUUGUGUGUGCUGCUGAUUUUCAGAUCUGGUGAGUUGGAAUGUUGUGCAGUUUAAAGAUGAAAUUGCGGGCAUGUUAUUAUCCUAAUCAGGAUAGAGUAAAAUGUUUUUUUUUUUAAACUAGAAAGUUAUUGUAUCAGUCAUAUAAUUGUAUGUGAAGGUGCUGUGUAACAAGAAUUUAUGAUAGAUCUCUACCAGAUCCAAAUUAUCAAAUAAGGGAGACAUCUUCUUCUUGAUUUGUUGCACAA